AUGAAUGACUCAUAUGAGGAAAACGUGAAACUCCAGGUGUCUGGUGAAGGACCAUUGAAGAUGAAGGAAACACUCGGGAGCCCCCGAGGCUCUGCCCGCGCCGGGCAUCUAGAUAGCUGGCUGCUUGGGGUGCUCCCGGGAGCGCGGGCGCAGUGCACGCGUUUGCGCACCCAGGCGCACCCACGAACACGCGCAAGAUCCCCUCCCCUCCCUGGUGCUUUUGUCUGGAGGGUGCCCGGGCUGGGUGUGUGGACGAGCGGGUGCGUUUGGGGAUUGCAGACUAAUUUUCGGGAGUUUCUGCCCCUGCUCUGCGUCAGUCCCCACGUCACUUCGCCAGCAGUAGCAGAGGCGGCGGCGGCGGCGGCGGCGCCUCCCGGAAUUGGUUUGGAGCCGGAGUCUCGCUCGCGCCCUCGCUCGCGCUCUGCGCCGCUCAGUCGGCAGCCGGAGGAGCCUGGACCCCGGCGCCGCCGACAGGCUGGAGGCGCCAGAGCCGGGCUUCCAGGCACGUCCCUGGUCCCGGAGCGCCUUUUGCCAGGAGCCUGCACCCCAGUGAACCCCGGAGAGCGCCGCCGGCGGGUGCUCCCAGAGCCAGGCCAUGCAGCGGUGGCCACGACAGAGCUUGGAGCGGCGGUAGCGCCUCCUGUGUGGCGGUCCACGAUGCCCCAGCCACUGUGAACAGUGCCCUACCCAGCCCUGGAGACGCUUGCCUCUGCUUGCCCGUGUGACCAGC